ACAAUUAGUCGUCACUUUGCUUAGCUCAUGUAAUGUACACCACAAUUAUUAUUGUCUGGCUGUCUAACGGUACGACUGUCUAUUUCUAAGCUUGUCAACUGCUGAAUAGAUGACAUUCAAUUGUGAGUUGAGUUGUGAGUGAAAUAAACCAAAUUGCCGACGCUCCUACGGACAUAUUUGUAGGCCUGUCGGUUGCCUGCUGAUGGUGUGAGCAUUGGGGGCAUUUCGAUACCCACAACAACUAUAACAAUUACAACAACCAACGCAAUUUGCCAACAAUUGCACAUAUUACAAUCGCUUCCUUGUUGUCUACGUGAGCUGCUGUAAAAUAAACGUACGUACAUACCUGCUGGCAUGCAUAUUUGAAUGUGUGUGUGUUCGUCUCAGCAAUCAACAAUGACUCAACAACUGUCACCGUUAAAACUGUUAGUGUCGCUGUACUUACUGCGGUUGGCCAUCAGCAACUGCUGUUACACACCAGUACAUGCUGUGCCAUUUGAGACGAGCGAGGAUGUAGCGGGUGCUGGCCAAAGCAUAGGUGAUGCUGUUGCGGCUGUGUUACGUGAUGCAAAUAAUUGUUUUGAGACAUACAUGCAGGAGAGUCGAAAUGCGAGCGACACCUAUGCGUCGGCAUAUCGAACAUGUCGAGAGUUGGGUAGUAAAAGACGCAUGGAAUUUACACAAAUGCAAUGCUCUACACGACAGGAUAUGGUCGGGCAGGUGACCGAGAUGUGUAAGAAUUUUUGUGAUUGUGCCGAGAUUGAUGGUGAUUUGGAAUUUUUCCAGUGCAGUGCUAGGAAUGCCUACAAAGGUAUGAGCACACUACAAUAUGUCUAUCUGAAUUCAUCAGCAGCAAUUGUGGAAUUGGAAAAUAAAUACCAAGAAGCUGAAAAGGAGAUUUUAUUUUGUACUAUCGCUGCUGAAGAGAGAUAUAUUAAUGCGACAGCUAAAGCAUUUGUGCAGCUUUCGAAAUGUCUAAAAGCAAGCUAAAUUGUUUAGUUAAUUUAUUAGAAUUGUUUAUAUAUUGCAAUAAUAAACAUUUAUUUGUUUAUAUAAUCUAUG